UAUUGUAGACAACACUGUAUAUACUGACGUGAUACAUACAUACAGAAACAUCCAUACAUGAAAUUUAAGGCGUCUCUUCAGGAUCCCCAUAUGCUUCUCCGGGUCCUGCAGGUAUGCUGCAGGAUCCAGCGCGGUUGCCUAAUUCAGCUACACGCGACCCGCACGCGCUUUUUCACCAAGGUUGACACCGUUGAUGAGGUGCAGAUAUGGGUGGGAUGCCACACCAAAAGCCUUUUUAGUGACUUUCGCUGUGAUUCACACUACAAAGAGCAGUCCAUCACCUUUGAGGUGUUAGACAUGAGUCAGUUUAUUCACUCCAUAAAACAGGCCGUCACGCGUCAACGUUGUAGUGUGGAGGCAAAACCACUCGUGAUGCGACUGGCGCGGAGUGGAAAACGGCCGGUCCUAAAGCUUACCAUGCAAGGCUACAAUGGUUUACCGGAUCUUAGUUAUGACAACCCUAUUCGCAUUCUCAGUGAACGCGAGAUCGAGGGCAUGCAGGCCCCGUUACUCGAUGACGAACGAUUACAGGUUGUUAUUCCCAGUGUCGUUGAACUUACCACCUUCGUUGAGGGGCUCACAAGUGCACAGUGUGAACGUGUGACCUUCUCGGCGGAAAGGCAUGCAGCACCAAUGGAGGUUCUCCAGCCCAGUCAGCAGAGCGGCAGAAUUAAGGGUAGUCAGCACGGUCGCAUCUCCGAAGGCGAUACACUCGCGCCUCCCUUGGCAACUCUGGUAAUUUCCGCAGCGAACUUCUUCGCCAGCUUCGCGCUAUCAUACGAUGGAGUGGAGAUGAUCCCUCGCAAGGGCCAUGACACAGAGAACAGCCAGAAUGACGAAAACGACUCCGAGGAGGCUUGGGAGGAGCCCCGCGUCGCCACCGUGGUGGUGGAUGUGAAAAAGUUCGCCAGAUUUUUUUCGUCGGUACGCGAUAUCGAUCCAACACGGACAAGUGUGUAUUUGGUCCACCAGUCGGCGCUCGUGUUGAGCGUGUAUACGUCCAACGGCACCACAAUGGUCGCGUACCUUCCCGCCAUGUCUUGA